CACCGGACACCCAGCCCUGCGGCCUGCGGUCCUGCGGUCCUGCGCGCGGCGCUGGAAUCAGCCAACAGCAUGGUGAACAGCGGCAGGGAUCCACGGCGGCAGCUGUGCAGCUGUUGCCUGUGCUUGUGCCGCUGUGCAGCUGUCUACAUUUGUAUGUAGAUAUUUCUAUAUCGUCGCAGGCAAACACCCCCCCUUCGUCCGGCCCCCCAGACUCCCAGAGUCCAUCACCGUUCUCCCCGCGCACCCGACCCUCAUCCAUGUCCCGGCCACCGCUCGCGCCCGCCAGCAGCACGCACAGCUACUACCGGCACUUCCCGUCGUUCAACUUCCAGGACCUCGACGACACGGACGCGUACCGCACGUGCGAGAGCGCGCUGAAAUCUCGCAGCACCAAGAACUUCAUCGCAGACUUUGGCGGCGCCGCGGUUGAUGGCGGCGAGGCGUGGUGCGCGCUGAAUGUUGUGGGCGUUACCGGAGUGCGCGCGCUGCUAGAGCAGCGGAGGCAGGUUGCGUUGAGGACGAGGUGGAUAAAUAUCUUCGAUCCUUACGGCCAGGCCGAGCUCGUCAACGCCAUCACGGAGUACUACGGGUUCUCGCCGCGGCUGAGCAAAGUGAUCACUACGCCGCCGGUAUCGCGGCGGCGGCCGGCGCCGUCGUCGAUUCGCCCGCCGUCGCGCAUGCGUGAUCGGUUCCUGGGCCGCACGUCGGGGAGCAGUGGGCUCGAGGAUAUGGUUAGGGAUCUGGAACAGCAGCAGCAAAACCAGCAGGAAACGCCGCAUUCGAUGUAUCUACAGCCGAAUACGAAUCAGCCCCUACAUGUCGGUGAUGGCCUCGAAAUGGUCGAGAUGGAAAACGCGGCGAGUCCGGCUGCGCCGAAAAUGAACUAUAUGAAUCUGGUGCAGAAUGUUUGGCAUUUUCAUGCGGUCGAGUGGGGCGGGAGGUUUAUUUGCAUAGGGUUCAAUCACCAUCAUAAGACGUCACCGGAGACGUGGGAUAGAAAGCAGAAAUCGGGAGAAGAGCUGGACGAAGAUGGGGAAGAGCCUUUCGAUACGGGCGACUACAAUCCCGAGGGAAAACGUCUCUGGAGCUGGCUCGUCCUUUGCGACGACGGAACCGUGAUCUCAAUCCAUGAGCCUCUGGACACAAUCUCGAAACCGGAGGACAUCCUCACCAUUCGCCGCAACAUGCUGACAGUCUUCCGUUCGCUCUCACUCUCCCCCGCGGCGAAAACCGUGCGCGCAAACGCAUCGACAGUAGCCCUCGGCAGCGGCCUCGACGACCUCCCAUUCCGGCGACAGCAACCCCGGAGCGAAAACGUCUACGGCGGCCCGUCCCUCCUCCUGUACUACCUCUUCGACGACUGGCACUCGUCCUACGAGUUCGUUCUCGGCCGCGGGGCGCCAUACAGCACGCAGAUGCGCAACCUGCGCAACCAAAUGCACAAAGACCCACAACUCUCGCACCUCUCCCAGCUCCACCGGCUAUCCCGACAGCUCGCCAUGCUGAAGCGCAUGUACGAGACCAAAAAGAUAAUCGUGGACAACAUCCUCCACCGACAAGAAAACAGCGCGAGCAAGCACAGGCCCCUCACGCCGACCUCUGCCACUGGGUGGUCCGAAGCCGACCCACACGAUCCCAACCAGAUGAUGGCCAAGACCAUGGGCGACUCGGACAUCCUGGGGGUGCCGUUGCAGCCGCUCGCAGUAGCGCGUUUCGAGCGGCUGCGCGACCGCAUCAAGCUCUACGUGCUCGGCGAGCUCGAGGCGCUGCUCGCCGAAAAGGCAGAGCUCGAAACACUCACGUUCAACCUCAUCUCGCUGAAGCAGUCGACAACCGUCGAGCUGCUCACGCGCGUCACUAUCUGGUUCGCCGGGUUCACGUUCGUGUUCCUCCCGCUGACACUGGUCACGGGGUACUUCUCUAUGCAGCUCGUCGAUACGCAGAAUAAGUACGGACAGCGGACGUUCUGGGGUUCCGCCGGUGUCACGAUGGCACUGACGAUUAUCGUGCUGUAUACCGUCGGUAAGAGCACGGGUACCAUGGAGUUCGAUUCGAUGUGGCGCGGCGUCAAGAAGGUCUGGUUUAGUUGGCUAGAGAAGAAUAGAGAUAGGAAGAGGAGGAAGGGAUCGCAGCAGCAGCAGCAGCAGCAAAGGCCUGCGGUGGUCGUGGCGAAGGUGGAGUGAUUACUGGUGAGUGAGAGGUGCAUGCAGCAUACAUACAAGAGGAGUUAUAACUUUUGGAGCGAUUUCUUGGAUGAGAUACCUACUUUUUUGGAUGAGUAAUGCAUAGUGUAAAUCGAGUACUUUCAAGACGGGGACGAGUUUUCAAUGGUGUGCGGGCGGGUCAGUCUACUUGGGUCUGGGUCUGGGGGAUGAGGAAGAUAUCAUAGAGAGUUUUGGACGGCUGGGUGGAGGCUAGAGUACCUAAUUUGCAGGAUGUAUGGUGUAUCUGCCCGUCUUUUGUACCUGCAUAGAUCAUUCCUGGUUCAACUAUUUCACUUUUGGGAAGCAACGGUACCGAAGAGAGCUGGAUAGGUACCUGUACACCUGCACAAGCUACUGGCACCUAGCCCAUGCCGUAUCCCAGGGAUUCCAUGUGGCGAGUCCAAACGUC